AACAAUUAUGAACAGAGAAAAUGAGGCAUUACAUAAUCACAUUCCACCCGAAAAAAAUAACAAAAUUGAGGAUCUAAAUUCUUACUUGGGGAGCUUAGAAAAUCUCGAAAAUUUGAUUUAUCUCAGGAUUUUGGUUGAAAACUAUAAGUUAUCUGAUAAGAAAUUAAUUGAAGCACUUGAAUUACUCUGUAAUUAUUCUCUAUUCAAGAUUUAUAAAGAAAGUACUAUAGUGCGUUUGGAAUUACAUCUGCAGACCUGCAAGGCAAUUUUCGAAGUAGUGAUCUAUUCUGAUAUUACAUUGGGCAACGAACUUCGAGAUAAGUUUAACAGCAGUUUGUAUGAGUUUGCAGAGAUUUAUUAUGACAUAAUUAAGCAAGAAUUUGAGAAUACUCAUGUGCAAUUUAAAAAUUACAAUAUUAAUUUUUUGUUGAUUCAUUUACGGGAUAUAUCAAGACCAGUAAAGUUGAUUAACAAUCACGAUAUCAAAAUUACUUUGGAUAAGCUUUUGCAAAACAAUUCUAUUUCUAAAAAAUUAAGGAAAGAAGAAUCUAUAAAAUUUGACCAGGCCAAUUCUUGUAAUAAAGUAUUGCAGGAACUUUCAAUGCUAAGUUAUUCAUUGAAUUUUACAAAUAAUAAAGCUUUUAAAGUUUUGCAAUAUUACAAAGACGAUUAUCUCUUUGAGAUUAUUUGGAAAUAUACUUAUCUGAGUAUUCAACAUAAUAUAAAUGCAAAAUUCGAUGCUUCAAAAAUUUUAAAUGACCAGGAUGAAUUCAUUAAUAUUUUAAAUGGAAAAGGGCUACUAGCAGCACCACCUAAUACUUUAUUGUUUGGUCUACUAGAUUUUGCACAAAAUUUAUGCAAGAAAACAACGCAUAUAGUUACAUUGGCAUAUUCAUAUUUCUUAGGCAUAGAAGCAUUACAAAAAUCAAAUUGUACUUACAUCCAGUUUAAAUCUGUCGAACUACUUUUAUCGUUGUCUUUCAAAGAGCCUGGUUUGUUUAAAGAAAUAGUACAGGAUGAGAUUAAAAAUUUUAAUAAUACAUUGAGUGAUUCUCAAGAAUUUAAGGACAUUAUUUAUUGUGUUACUCGAAAACUUGAACUAGAAGAUAAGUUCCUCAAGAACUUAAAUUUGGCAAAGAAUGAAAAAAAUUUUAUUCAGAAAUUUACUACAGAAAAAAGUUUUAAACUAUUAACAGAAAUAGUUAUUGAUAGACUAUCGUGUCCAGUUACAAGAAAAAUAACCGGAGAUUUUUUUAUUUUAAUAUGUGGUCACUCUAUUAGCCAUCAGUUUAAAACUCAAUAUUUUAAAUGCCCAUUUUGUAAUGCUGCUAUUGAUUCUGAAUCUAUAUGUAACCUUUCGCAAAAUGCAAUACUUAAAGGACUUUGUAAAUUUAUUGAACAAUCAGGAUAUGUUUAUUCUACAGAAACUAAUUCUUAUUUUAAAAUUUCUGAAGAAAUUCCUAGAGGUCCAAAACUGUCUAAAAAGGUUUAUACUAAAAGCAUGUUAUUUGCAUUUGAAAAAGCUGAAACAGCUGAGAAACAAUCAGAAUAUUCUAUAGGAAUUGUGUGGUUUACUCGAGUUUUGCAUUUUUAUCCAAAAAGCUAUUCAGUUCAGUGCAGAAGAGCAAUUGCGUUUCUGAAUCUUAGCAUGUAUUUAAAAGCUAUAAAUGACUUGACAACGGCAAUUAAGUUGAAACCAUCUAAACCUCUCGCUUAUAUAUAUAGAAGCAAGAUAUAUAAUAUCCACAAAAAUUUUGAUAAUGCUUUACAUGAUAUAGAAGAAGCUCUUAAAAUUGAACCGAAUAAUGAAGAUGCACGUUUAGAAAAAGAAAAAAUAAGUGAAUAUAAAAACCAAAAUGGAAAUAUUGACAGGCCAAUUAGUAAUUUUAUGCAACUCGCUAGAAAUGAUACAAAAGAAAACCUUUUAUCCAAGUGUUUGAUUGAAGCUUUAAAACCAAAUAGAAGAUUAAAAGGAAUUGAAGUCUUUGAAUUUUUAUAUCGGGCAAUUGAUGGUGAUAAGGAGUCAAAAUUUUUAAGAGCAAUGGAUUUUCUUCUUAUAAAUAGAUCAAACAAUGGAAAUCUGGAUAACGAUGAUUCCCCAUUCAAACCAUUAGAAUUCUCAACAAUGUAUUAUAAUUGGUGUUUAAGAAGGUUUGGAGAAAAUGCUAAAAUUACUGAAAGGUGUUUCGAUGAUAUUUUAAAUACUAGAGUAAGCAUAGAUAUCUAUUAUAAGCAAACUCUAAAUAAUCAAGUUCCAACUGGAUUAAUGCAAGAAAAAUUUAAAAAUGAAUGUGAAGUUUUUAAAAUUUAUUGCAAUGCUAGAAAUUUCUUUAAACCUUCGCAUCUGCCAAUUAUUUAUCAAGCGACACAUGAGGAUAUACUUAAAACAUUGUUUGAAUAUUACUUAGCAAUUUUAUUUGAUAUUCAGACUUUACAUACAUUGCAGCCUAUUGAAAACAUUGAUACUAGUGCUAAAACACCAGUAUCUACAAUAGAAAAAAGUGUAUUACUCAAAAAUAAAACAUAUAAAGUUGAAUGGUCUAAUAAGUUGAAUGAAUUAUACGAUACCAAUUUUAGUUCGGAUGUUCUCGUAGGAACAAACGAAUUCAGAGAAUAUUUAAAAAGAUUCUGGGAAGAGUACAAUAAAAAAAGCUUAAAGAAUUAA